ACUAACGAAAAUGUUUGAGAAAUAUGUCGCCACAUAUGUGCGCGCGUGUGAGCAAGUGAAAUUAAAAUUCCCGCAUGCCUAAUGAAUUCGCCCCGCUCUUUCGCCGUCCCUCUCCCACAACCGUUAUGUGUGUGCGAAAGCGAGUGCGUGUGCCUGUGUGUGUCCGUAAGUGUCGCUGACUUCGGAAUGACAAAAACAACAAGAGCCACAACGAUAUAGCAGCUACAACUAAAACAAUGGCUUGCUAAGCUGCUCGAGUGAGUGAAAAAAAGAAGUAAAAUAAGCAAGAAGGAAAGGAGAGCCAAAGAGCGAGCGCGAGAGAGAAAGAGCGUGAGAGAGGCAGAGGAGACAACGGAACGAAAGCAAAAGUGAAACUUGCAGCGAAGAAAGAAGGAAAAGUGGAGAGCACGAGCUGGAGCAGGAGCAGUAGCAGUAGCAGUAGCAGGAGCCGGAGACCUACAAACCAGGAUCGCAAGUCGGGGGCAUGUCCACAGCCAAAAGGCUGGUGCUCUCGCUACGUGGACGCAAGAAUUCGCAGGGCAACUCGGCGACCUCAUCCACCCGCCUGGUAUCCGCCGGCACCUCGCCCGGCCAUGAGCUGGACGAAAUAGCGGUGGUCUCGGGCACCGGAUCCAGCAGUCACCACUUCUCCUAUGGCGGCUGCAUUGCCACCGGCGAUGCGCCAUUGCCGCGCUACUCAACAGAUCUAGGACCAAAGUUUGGCAUGACCCAGCCGAAAUUCGGCCAGAGUGUCUCGCAACAAGGUUUCUUUACUUCGCACGAUAGCCUGGCCACACCAUGCGCCUCCAGGGCCUCCAACUCGCACAUGGCCACCGUAAGCACUGCCUCCGAAAUGGAUCUUCUGCACAACAAGCAACGCAACAAGUCACGCGGACGCCUGAAAACGGCUGCCAGCGGCGAUCAGCCGCUUUUGGGCACCUGGAAUCGCUCCACGGGACGCGGUUCGCAGGAUAACACGCUGGCCGGCGGCGGAACCACCAGCCUGGCCAUGGGCGGCAUCGGGCACAACCAGUAUGGCGGCAACUACUGCAACGGCACGGAUCGCUAUCCGCGCUCCCGGUCGCAACAGCAGGGUCACCACAAUGCCGCCCAACAGCCGCAUCAUCCCUACCAGCUGCAGCACUCGGCCUCCACAGUGUCGCAUCACCCGCACGCACACGGUCCGCCCUCGCAGGGUGGACCCGGUGGCCCGGGGCCACCUCAUGGCGGCCAUCCCCAUCAUCCGCAUCAUGGUGGAGCCGGCAGUGGUGGGGGCAGCGGAGGCGGACCACAUGGCGGUCAGCCGCAUCAUCAGAAACCACAUCGCACCGCCUCGCAGAGGAUACGGGCGGCGACGGCAGCCAGGAAGCUGCACUUUGUGUUCGAUCCGGCGGGGCGGCUGUGCUACUACUGGUCCAUGGUGGUGUCCAUGGCCUUCCUGUACAACUUCUGGGUGAUAAUCUACCGCUUCGCCUUCCAGGAGAUCAACCGGCGCACGAUUGCGAUCUGGUUUUGCCUGGACUACCUGUCCGACUUCCUGUAUCUGAUCGAUAUAUUCUUCCACUUCCGCACCGGCUACCUGGAGGAUGGGGUGCUGCAGACGGAUGCUCUGAAGCUGCGCACUCACUACAUGAACUCGACGAUCUUCUACAUCGACUGCCUGUGCCUGUUGCCGCUGGACUUUCUCUAUCUGUCCAUUGGCUUCAACUCGAUCCUGCGCAGCUUCCGGCUGGUGAAGAUCUAUCGCUUCUGGGCCUUCAUGGACCGGACCGAGCGGCACACCAACUAUCCGAAUCUGUUCCGGAGCACGGCCCUCAUCCACUACCUGCUUGUGAUAUUCCAUUGGAACGGCUGUCUCUAUCACAUCAUUCACAAGAACAAUGGCUUCGGGUCACGCAACUGGGUCUAUCAUGACUCCGAGUCGGCGGAUGUGGUCAAGCAGUAUCUGCAGAGCUACUACUGGUGCACCCUGGCCCUGACCACCAUUGGGGAUCUACCGAAACCACGCUCCAAGGGCGAGUAUGUGUUCGUCAUUCUGCAGCUGCUCUUUGGCCUGAUGCUCUUCGCCACGGUGCUGGGUCAUGUGGCCAAUAUUGUGACGUCAGUGAGUGCAGCGCGCAAGGAGUUUCAAGGUGAGUGGAACAGAAAUAGGAUGCAGAUUGGGGUCAGGAAUAGCAUUAAUAACAAAUAA